AUGGACAGCCCGAGGAUAGUGAAGGGUAAGUCGAGGAUAAUUGUAGUGGAUAAGGGUGACAAUGUCAGCAAGUGUACAGUACCCGGUGAGCCAAUUACAGAUGAACCACGCCCCCGUGAGGGACGAGUAGAUAAUGGGUUAGUGGAACCGUCAAGGGAUGGUACGGCCAGUGCAAAUCAGGUGCCCGGCGGAGGGCCUGGUACGUGUUCCAGCAAUGGUGCCCAGGAGGGUGUGAAGGAGUGCCCAGCUGACGAAGCGAUGGUCGAUGACGAUGGCGAAAGGAAAGAUGACAAGCUCUUAGCGGAUGAACCCUUGGGGAGCGAAGCCCUGUGGGACGAAGCCCUAGGGGACGAGAGCGUAGCGGAUGAGGCUCUGGACUACGAUACUGUGGAAGGCACUGUACAGUCACUCAAGUCGGAGUUGGGCUCGCUACGAAGGGCGGUAGAGCGUAUGCGGAGAGACCUAUUGUGCAGCUCGUACCAGAAGCCAUUUCUACCUGGUGAAAGCGCCUUGAACGUGGAGGGUAGUGCAGGUGGCGUUUGUCGGAAGUGUUUAAGUCGUUGUGCGGAGGGCGGCAUUUACCUGGUCGUGUCUGCCGAGGACGUGGACUGUUUCCUGUCGGAGGAUGCUGCCCGUACCCAGCCAGUGCGACGCCGUGACUGGUUGGAAUUAUUGGGGCUGGGAGACGUGGAGGUAGACUGUCGACGCGCAGGUGAUGGUCGUCGUCAGCUGAAGGUGCCCAAUGGAGGGAAGUCCUAUCACAUUGGAGCCUUGGGUCCCCACGGCUUUGCACUGGGCCGGGCCGGUCUCACUACCUCGGGUCUCAUGGCUGACUGGCUGCCUAGCCUGCUCGAGUAUCGAAGCUUCGACAGGACGCGAGGCAGCAACUGGGUCUUCGAAUUCCCCGCCGGCGAAUCUCUCUCGCUGGUCGCAGUUGGCUCGGGCUUUGUCGUAUGCGUCUCGGACGCCCCCCACCAUACACUUCGUGUCUUCGCGGAGGCCGGUGUCCUGCUGAGCCAAUGGCAGUGCCCCAACGCUGUGUCCCUGGUCGCCAAAGACUUAGUGUUCACUGUCCUGCUUCAGACCAAGUCCAGCGAGCUGCAUGUGGAGGCUACUUUGUUGGACUGGGACCAGCGGGGUGGCCGCCGGGGGGCCAAAAACUAUUUGGACGUAGACCUGCACACAAGCACCGCGCCCCUAGAAAAUGGAUUCAAAACCAUCUCGUACUCCUGCGACCUCGAAGUCCUGCCCAGCGUAAGUCUGCUGCAAACAUCUGCUACUUUACACACGCGCGGACACGUUCACUGGCUGGGACUAGGAGACAAUAUUCCGAUGAUUCUGCCGACCGUCCUGACGACCACAAACGAAGUGUUUGUACUCGGUUCUUGUUUGGGGAAGGGUGGCCGAAUUCCCAAAGAGUUUGCACACACGUGUGCGAUGCGCUCCCAAACCCGAACCGAACCGGGUGAACCUGCAGGAAGCGAAGCAGCUAGCGGCACGCACCAAUGGCUCUGCGUCUGUAGCGACCUCCAGCUGCUGUGGCAAGAUGAACAGGUACCGGGCGCGCCUUCAGUUCCCCGACGGAGUAUCACUGUAGUCGAGAGCAACGACGAAUGGAUUAAGUUUGCCCCUCAAUGCGGGUCUCGCGGAUUCAGCUAUUCCGACUUUACCAAAGUACCAUUCCGGCUACCCCUCUGUCUGCCGCCGCCAAUCAUGUCGCAGAAAGCACGGUACCCCGUCGGAGUUCGAAAGGCAGUCGAAUUCGAAAGAUCUAUCGACAAAACUAACUUCAACCCGUUAUGCCAACCCUUUCUGGAGGAAGAAAGAUUCCGACGUCUCAGCUUUACUAUUCUACCCGUGCUUCGAUUGGCCAACACCGGCUGCUGCAAUAAUUCCGACCUGAACCAACAAUACCUUCAAGCCCGCACCAAACUGGAAGUGUCUCUAACAAGGUCAGCCUUGUUCGGCAUUCAGACAAAUAAUCAUCACCUACUCAAGUACAAUGCAAACUUGUUAUCUACUGGACCCACAUUGCAAGUUCUUGCGGAUGCUGCAGAAGGAAAAUCCGAUAGAUAUUGCACCGAUGUUCUCAAUCAAAUAACCACGGCUAGAGCUCCCACCCACCACGGAGACCGCCACGGGGACUUACAUGGUGAGGCCGCUGGUCAUGCUGAAAACACUCAGCGAAGCCUUAAUGCUCAGCGAGCGAACUCGACGGUUGCAAACCGGACGGCUGCAGCAAAGGAAGCGGACCCAUCUCAGGAGCAAUUGGGACUGCCAACGAGCGGUUCGUCCCUCACCUCUCUACUCACUGGAAGUAUUAAACUACGUGAAUCAAAAAGACCUAGAAUUACGUAG